UCUCGUGACAUUUCGACGUUAAAUCCCCGUACCUCGCAAAUCGCCCGAGGCUCCGUGCCCGAGUUCAUCACCCAAACAAAUCGCCGAUCUUCCAGUGAAACCGAACUAAAAUAGAUUUCAACGGAAAUCUUCAGCAAAAUUUCGCACCGUCACGCUCAAGAAAAAACACUUUUACAGUAAAACACUAACGGUACCUCGGCAGCACAAUAGGGCUUUAAAACUGGAAUCGGAAUGGAAUCCGAGAACGUGAAGACUUCUCAAGGCAUACUUUUGAUUCGAACGAAAUCGGGAACGACCAAACUCGAGAGGGUCGUAGUACAGGCGAAACGCGGAAAAAGGAAGAACCAGGUCAAGUGGUUGCAGAAGUACGUCACCGAGAAAAAAAAGGCGAGCAAAAUACCCGUUUUUGUGAGAAACUAUAGAAGAGGAAUCAGACGAAAGAGGAUUCGGAAAAGCCUGGAUGGAAGCGAAGCUUCUCGAGUCAAAAAGUACGAAAAUCUGAAUGAAGAAGAAAAGAAGAAUUUGAUGAGGAUCAUCAAUCUGGACAAACUGAAGAGCAAGAAGUCGCUUCAAGAGCACUUCGAUUCGGGGAUAAUGUCGCUGUCGCAGACGAUCACGUCUGAACUGCAAACAGACAUCCCGGAUAAAAAAUCCACCAAAAGUGGUAUGUCUGAAGAAACAGAAUCCUCCAAGACGUCGUCAACUGACUUCUCCGAAACCAAAUCGUCACCAAAGAAAGACAGUGUUUCUGAAGAAACAGAAUCCUCGACUAGGAAAACACUGUCAAGCGAUUUCUCUAAAACCAACUCGAAACAAGAAAGCGAAGAAACAGAAGCCUCGACUAACCAAACAUUGUCAACUGAUUUCUCCGGAAUUAAGCAAGACGCUUCAAUGAUCUUGUUAGAGGAAACAGAAACCCAAAAAGACAUCUUCUUUGCCCAAAACUACACAAUUCAGUUUCCAUUGUCUGACGACGACGAUGACAAUCGAUUUGCGCACCCUCAAAGACAACGAACUUCGAUAGUCAUGGCGCAGUACGAAACCACCACACCAAACACGUUUCAUGAAACGGAAGAAGACAUAGGUGAUGAUAGUGGUGACGAAGACAUCAGGCUCUACAUUGACUCAGGUCUUAGACCUUUAAAGUCUGACGAAUCUAAGCUUUACCUGGACCCGGAGAGCCACCAAGGCAAGAAACACCACACCACGAGCGACGACGACGACAUUGACCCUCUUCUGGAAGACAUCCCGUCCGAUAUUUUCGAAGACUGGGACCACCGGAAGAAGAAACCCAAAGAGAAAGUCAAGCAGCCGAGUCCUCCGUCCAAUCGGGGCGACUUCACGUCUAGCGAAGAAAAAUCAAUUUCGUCGCAGCUGUCCAACCAGAUUGACACAGACCCUUUGAAAAAACUGCAAGAAUUCGAAGACGUAAAAUUUACGAUAGAAACUGACGUAAAGGUGGAAGAUGCAGAGCUAGAAGAAGAAGACAAAAAGGAAGAAAAGUCAGAGCAAGACGACUUUUGCGUCCACGUUGAAGAUGUGCCCGAUGGCGACUUCUCGUCAAGCACGGCUGACGACUCGAAAACGAAGAUUGACGCUAAAGAGGAAGAAGUAGAGUGUUUGUGUCCGGAAGAUGUAGACGUUAAAACGAAGAAAUCGGAUAUUUGCGUCCACACGAGUGACCCUCCUGGGAAGGAUUCCUUUUCGACUGAUGGUUCAGGUUUAUCUAUUGGUCCCGCUCCUUUUCAGAGUAGGAUUCCUAAAAAGCAGGUUAGGCUUUCGGAUUCGAGAAGUGUUAAAUCCGCGUCUAGUUCUUUAUUGUCAACCAACAAAGAAACGAAGGAAUAUAAAUAG